AUGUUUAAAUUGUUGAUCUCGUUCAUUUUAGUCUUCCUCGUGUCUCCUACACCGAAGGCUCCGCGGUUGCGGUCGUCGAAAGCGAGUUAUGUCGAAGUGCAUUCCGGGGAACCGUUCACCGUCGCUUGUCAUGUAUUGUCCAUGGACAGCUCUGUUACCAUCCAAUGGUUUCACAACGGCGUUCUUCUACCGAUUUCCGGCCUUUCGUCAACGCUGUUGGUCUCUAACGCUAGCGAAGUAGACGCCGGCGAGUACUUCUGUAAAGUACGCAACGAGCACGGCGCCGUGCUGUCCCCGUCAACCUUCGUCAUCGUUCGCUACUUUCGCGGAUUUGUUGUCGGAUUUGAACAGCCGGUGGCAACUGUUAGGGCACAGAUCGGUGGAUGGGCGAUUUUGAAGCCCCCGCCUCUGGAUGCGGUCUCGGCACACAUCGAUUGGCGAUGGCAUUACGGAGAAUCACCGUCAGAAAUGAUACUGUUUUAUGUGCGAAGUUUGAUUGCAGAAUGGUCUGGCAAGAGGCACUUCCGGCUAAAUGUGCAGAUUAUUGUCAAACCGGUCGAUGUGACGAUCGUGAGCAGUUCUGAAAACGCCCAGUUGUCUGUUAAAGAUGCAUCGAUGGACUGCGUCGCGUUUUACAAAGAUCUCAGCCACAUUCAUGUUUCUUGGCGACUGAAUGGAAACGUCAUUCCGGACGACGAUGUGCAUUAUUCCGUGCGUGACUUCAGCCGUCGUCUGAUCAUCCACAAGCCGACGGUGCGCGACUCUGGUAAUUACUCGUGUUAUGCGACGGCCAACGGAGUCACUGUUCAUGAAUCAGCUACCUUAAGCAUUGUCGACGGGAAUAUCUGUUUGGUAUUUUUCCCUUUUCUACCUGUCAGUGGCUUUGCGAAAAUUCAGCCUUACUGA